AUGCGGGAUGUAAGAACUGAGAUCGAGUGGAGACCGUGGGGCCGACUUUCUGCCAUAUUCUGCCACCAAAAUUUAAACAUAAAUUUUCAUGGAUAUUCUCUUUUAGGAGGCAUGCAAGACUUUAACUACCUAAAAUCAAACUGUUUCGAAGUAACUUUCGAACUGAGCUGUUGUAAAUAUCCUCCUGCAGAGAAGCUGCCUGAAGAAUGGCAUAAUAAUAAGGAGUCCUUGUUAAGUUUUAUGGAAGCAACACACUGGGGCGUAAAAGGUUUGGUUAGGAGCGAAACCGGGGAGCCAGUGCUGGACGCCGAUGUGGUCGUAAAAGGGAUUAAUCACAACAUUACCACAUCUAAUAGGGGCGAAUAUUGGAGGCUUUUAUUGCCAGGGAAAUAUGAGAUGUAUGCCAAUGCUUUUGGUUUUUACCCUUCAGAAGUUGUUACGGUGACAGUGGAACCGGGAAAAACGACAAUACAAAACUUCACUUUGGCCGCCCAAAGUUUAAAAGGAAGAAGUGGAAACUCGAAAGUUUCGGUGGGGCCGACUAUAAGCUUUAUCAACUUUUUAGCGGUUUUAAUGGUGAUGGCCGACGAAUCAAACGUUUGAAUCUCAUUUUGUGUCAAUUUUUCGCAAUAAAUUGUGAUCAACA